AUGCCUGACACUGACCUUCAGUGGGAUCAUCCUCCACCAGCGAAUCCGUCCGGCCCAUUGAUCAUUUUUUGGCGGCUCUACGAUGCACGUGUUUACAAUCCACCGUCUCGGAUCAGACCACACGUGGGUCAAGGUCAAUUCUCUCUUCCGACCAGUAGACUAAGCGACAUCAGUAUUGAGCAGAUCGUAUUCGAAAUAACGACAGCUUUUGAAAGUCACGAAAUCAAUCCGCUGGUCGAAUCUGAAGCGAAUCUCAAAGACAGAUCCAUUGACACCCCACAUGCAAUUGACAUUCUUUCAUAG